GAUCAUCAGGAGCUUUCGGUUCAAGCAUUCUCAACCACGAAACGUUGAAAAAACAGUAAUAAGACGUCAAACUGUGAAAACGAAACUGUUGAAGACCGAAUCGUUUGUUAAGUGUUGUUUUUGUCUGCUCUCUUCUCUACGCAGUAUGCAAUAGUUGCAAAAAAAUGGCUGAUGAAAUCAGGUUCUUUGAACUAAACACAGGAGCUAAGAUCCCUUCGGUUGGGUUGGGCACUUACGCUGUUACUGGAAACACAGUCACUACUGCCGUCAAGGUUGGGUAUAGGCAUAUUGAUUGCGCUUUUAUGUAUGGCAAUGAGAAGGAGAUAGGCUUUGCAUUGAAGGAGUUGUUUGAUGAUGGUGUAGUGAGGCGUGAGGACUUAUGGAUCACCUCCAAGCUCGGGUGCACCCAUCACUUGCCUGAAGAUGUACCAGAGGCAUUGAACAGAACUUUGCAAGAUUUGCAGCUUGACUAUGUGGAUCUCUAUCUAAUACACUGGCCAGCCAGUGUGAAAAAGGGUUCAAUUGGUGUUACGCCUGAAAACCUCACACAACCAAACAUAUCCAGUACGUGGAGAGCAAUGGAGGCACUUUAUGAUUCUGGCAAGGCUCGGGCUAUUGGUGUGAGUAACUUCUCUUCUAAGAAGCUUGGAGAUCUGUUGGAAGUAGCACGCGUAAUUCCCGCUGUCAAUCAAGUGGAACUUCACCCUGUAUGGCAGCAGCCAAAGCUGCAUGAAUAUUGUCAAUCCAAGGGAAUUCACUUGUCGGGAUAUUCACCGUUGGGUUCCCAACGUAGAGAUAAUGUCAGAAAAAAGGUUCAGGAGAAUCCCGUUCUUAAAAUGGUUUCAGAGCAACUGGGGAAAUCUCCUGCGCAAGUGGCUCUCCGUUGGGGACUGCAAAUGGGCCAUACUGUACUGCCUAAGAGCACAAAUGAGGCCAGACUGAAGGAAAAUCUUGAUAUUUUUAACUGGUCUAUCCCCGGAGAUUUGUUUGCCAAGUUUUCUGAAAUUGAGCAGGAGAAGCUAAUUAGAGGCAGUGUUUAUGUACACCAGACUUUUGGUGCAUACAGCACCAUUGAAGAAUUAUGGGAUGGUGAAAUCUGAGCCGACAGAUGUUCGAAAUUGUUGUUGACAUGCUACUAAAUUUCAGUGUUUAUGCCUACCUGCAUGUAGCUAAAUCCAAAAGAUCAUGAAAUUUAGAGUAAAGUAACGAGAGCUAUCAGGAAUGCAUUUUCGGAAGAAGGAAGCAGAGUUCUUUGCAGAAGGUGAGCUUAAAUGCAUGGAAUAUUUGUUGCAGACUCUUUUAAACGAUAUAAAAAAAGCAAUAAAGGGUGUCUUCAUCAUUUUGUGCUGUGUAAUUUUGCUGAAUUUACGUAAUUGCAUGAUAAAUUGAGACU